GUCCGUGGGUAGCGAGGCACAGUAGUUGAGCACUCGACGGGCACCUAUGGAAAAAAGUGUUCUUCGCUUGUUUCAUGCGUUUGCAGACCAUCGGAUGUUUGUUCGUCGUCGGAGUUUGCGGUUUCUCGGGGCGACGAACCGCUAGUCGCUCAAUUGACUGGUGGGGUAGCUCGAAGCCGCAGCACAACUAUCUGCAUCUGUCUGUGUGUGGUGUUGGUUGCGCGACGAGGAGGCGCUCCGUCUCUGUCUGGUCUCGGCUAUGGCCGUAUUCAUGUUAAACGUCUGCAAGUUCAACUCGUGUGGACUGACGUUCAAGAGCCUCGGACACCUCAUUCAGCACAUCGAGGAGACGCAUAUUGACUACGACCCACACGUGGUGGAGCGGACGGAGCAGCAGCAGCCGGCAUGCAUACCGCUGAGCUACGUGCUGCGCUUCCUCACGGAGGGCGCGCGCGCGCGGCUACACUCGGGCCUUUCGUCGCAGCAGCAGCAGCAGCAGCAGCAGCAGCAGCAUCAUCAUCAUCAUCAGCAUCAGCAUCAGCAUCAGCAUCAGCAUCAGCAACAGCAUCAGCAGCAGCAUCAGCAGCAGCAGCAUCAUCAUCAUCAUCAGCUGCAACUGCAGCUGCAGCCACCACCGCAGAGGACGCCGAGUGCGGCCACGCCGAGUGCGACCACAGGGAGCGACGAGGCUGACGAGUCGGACAACGAGCUACUCAGCGAACCGUCCGAUAGCAACGACUCCUGGACCACCCUCGAGGAGUUCUCCGCCGACUUUAUCCUCCGCUACGGCAGCAGAAGCUCCAGCGUCAAUGCCAACAGCCUCUGCAGCAAGGAGGAAAAGCCCUUCGCCUGCCCUGUGCCCGGCUGUAAGAAGCGCUACAAGAACGUCAACGGGAUCAAGUACCACUCGAAGAACGGCCACAAGAACGACGGAAAAGUCAGGAAGGCCUUCAAAUGCCCCUGCGGCAAAAGCUACAAAACACCCUACGGCCUGAAGAAUCACAUGGCUCUGCGGCACAGCGGCUCGACGCCGCAGCAGCAGCCACCCAGCAGCAACCACAAGUCCGCGAGGGCGGCACAGUCGAGGCUGGAGCUGGAUAGCGAUUCGUCGUCAUCAAGGUCCAGCCUGGCUGGCAGCUCCAGGAUGCCCAAGGUCAAGGUGCCAGCCAUCCAGGACCACGGCUACAUGAAGUCCGACCGAUUCGACGACUGCGACGGCCUGGGCGUGCUCACGCCUGCCUCCUCGCCCAAGGCCCACGCCGACAAAUACCUCUACUCUAGUCAAGCCGCAUGCAGCGACAACUAGCCUCUGUGAUAACGGAACACUCUUCCCAGCCGCUCUGCGCAACGCAACGCGGAGCGGCCAAACGAAACAACACAAUGUUAGCGCGCGUGACGCUCGAUAUCCUCUUUUCUCUAGCUCUAACUCUAUCUUUCCCGUUGUUGAUUACUGUUGUUGCAAACUGAACAAUUUGUUGGAAGGUUGUGUACACAAAUGCAAUUUUAUUACGAAUAAUAAAGAAAAUCAAAGCUCUGUUACGAGAUUGCAAGCCGUUUCUGUUGUUAUUCAAAGUAUACGAGAGUUUUGUUGAUUGUUUCUUAAAAAAAUUUAUUCAGGGCUAUGAGAUAUCAUUUUUGCCUCUUUUGUUGUCGUAUUUUCUUGAUUUUUAACAUACAUAAAUAUAUAUAGCAUGGUUAUAAACGUUCAAAGGUUGCAUUACUAGGGACAAAGGAAGUUUGGAAAAGAUAAGGAGUUAAGUUUUAGGAUAUGAGAGUGAGAGAGAGAGAGAGAGAGAGAGAGAGAGAGAGAGAGAGAGAGAGAGAGAGAGAGAGAGAGAGAGAGAGAGAGAGAGAGAGAGAGAGAGAGAGAGACGUAUAGUGAAAGACUCGACGUGUCGAGAGAAAUAGAUGAAGAUAUACGUUCAGAAGGACUGUUUUUGCUUCAUUUAUAAAGACAGUGAACCUAAAGUUGCUUUUCUUUAUAUUUGUCGAUUUUUUCUCAUCCAAGGAUAGCAAUCAUAUUCAUUAUAAUAUAUUAAAGUUGAUGUUACUUUUAAUCGCUUAAACAUACUAAUAUCAAUUUUAAUAUAAUUACAAGCAUCGUUACGUCCUUAUGUAGUCAGCCGAGUACAAACGUCACUUGAUAAUUCUUGCAGCUUCAAUGUAUUACUCUGAGAAUCUUGCUUUACAUUAUUCAUCUAUUUAUCUAUUUAUCUAUAUAUAUAUUUAUAUAUAUAGUGAUUUCAUUCAUCAAAUGCAUAUACAUUGAAGCUUUUAUAUUUUGUCAGAACAGCAAUCACUCUGCUCAUCUCACAUUUGCACCGAUUCAUUUGUUUCGUUACUUUUGAACUCUUUCGCUCGUUUUCUUGCGCACGCUCUUUCACACUGUCACUCCCUAGGCAAGAUUAUUUCAAUAUUGCGAUAUACGUUAGAAAAAUAUGCUAUGCCUAAAAUAGGAUAAAGGCCUGAAGGCAACCUCUCGUCGAUAUUAUACCGAUUAUACCGGUGCACAGUGUCUUUUUAUUUUCCUCUCGCUUACACGCAAACUUUUGUCUCUUUAAAGUUCUCUCCUCUUUUUUCCAUUUUCUUUUAUUUUAAUUUUUUUAUUAUCUUCUGAUUUCUUUAUCGAUUUUUUGCUCUUUUUUUCAUUUUUUUCUAGUUGUAUGUAAAUUGAAUUAUAUUGUUAUGUAAUUAUAUCGUUCUUUCUGAGGUGCUCAGAAUACUAAUGGAAAUGACGACGUAACAAGGUACAAACAUAUGGCUACAUCGACGACAGAUCUAAGCACUUCCCGUAAAAACAUCGUUCCUCCGAGGCGUCGACAAUCAACAUAAUGUUUACGCAGACUCGUGAUUUAUUAAAAUGCGAUCCGUGCCGCUCGUCGAGCUAAUAUGAGAACAUAUUUUUGGUAAAAUUUUGAGGUGAUUGAAUAUGGUGAAUAAAAAAAAAUAAUAAUCUUCUUUUUAUAUAGAUCAGUUUAUUUACAGGAAGACUUAGUCUGUCGUGCGCUCUAUAAUAAAAAGAGAAAAGAAAAAAAACAAUGUAGAUUACUUUUUCAUUAUUUAGUUUUUUUUUUCUUUAGCACAUGAAUGUGAUAAACAAAAAUUCGACGAGUAUUGCACUUAGAGCAGUCGAAUGCGCGUUUUCUUUAAAAGGAACAUAUAAAUUGGAAAGUAUACUUGUAAAGUAAAUUUCCGUAUAAUUGGCGCGUUUGAAUAGCUGUAGAAAAACAACGAAUAUCUUGUCGAAAGCGGCUAAAAUAAAUCGUCAAUGGAACUGCUCAAAGAUCGCAAAACUCGUACUCGGUAUUAAUAACAGCAAUUCGUUUCGAAAGAAAAGAAACAAUAAUCAUUGCAAUUUGUACUAAAAGUAUAUUGUAUAUUCGAUGAGUGAAAAAGAUGAAUCGUUGGUUACAAUACACACGCACGAAGAAAAGAAAAUAGGUGCGCACCUAAAAACUUAAAAAGAAGCGGUAAUGUAUCGAACAACUUGUCUCCAUUUAAGCUUAAGAUUAUAUAUCCGAUGAGACAGACGUUAUUCAUCUUAGCUAAAUCGGAGUCUGCGUCUUAUUGUUUAUACGAUAAACGACGAUUCAUGUUUCUCAACCUAAAAUCGGUACAUCUCCUUUCGGCGCAUCUCCUCGGGAUAAUUGUUCCAUUGCAAUUAUACAACACAAUUAACAAGCGUGUAUGAAAGUUUCGUGUAUGCUUAUUGUUAUCCGUUUUCCGACAGGGGUUAAACUCUUUUCUCGCGUGUGUUCAAGUGUGUAUCGUUAUCGAAGGCUCUCAGGACGGUGCAGCAGGUCGUGGGGCACAUUGAAUGCACCACCGUCGCCGCUGCUCGGGUCCUUUGGCAAAAGUUUGCGCGACCACGAUGAAACGUCUCUUAGGAUUUGCGGCGACUUGUAACUGAACAACGGGCGCACUCGAUUUCUCGGCACAUCUUUAUUUUUAUUACACCGUACCGUAGUUUCCCUGUUGUUUUGUCGUCGACUCUCUCACACCUAAUGCCCGGCCUUCAAAUUUGUUUGUUGGUUUUUUUUUCUACUAUACACACAUACACACACAUACACACACACACGCGCGCGCGCACACACACACACACACACACACACACACACACACACACA